GGCAGAGGAGGGCCUGGAGUGACCCAUAGCUCCAUUUUUUUUCCCAAAAGCCUUCUGGUUUGCCUCAUUUUUCUCCAGAGAUUCUCUUCUAAAGGUCCUGCUUAAACUGAAGCAUUGGCUGCCCUCCUUCCUGUGGAGGAUGAUCGAACUUUUCUUCUCGACUUGAUCCAGAUGAACAGGCGAGAAAAUAUCUGAAGAACGCUUAGUGCAAAGUUUCUUAAUGGAAGAGGCUCCCAAACCAACAUUUCAGGAUGAACUGGAAUGGUGCAUUACUCAACUGGAGACUGGCCUUUUGCGUCUCAACCCAACUCCAAAACAAGCUGAUGAAACACGCCACAUCCUUAAGGUAUUGCGCUCCCGUAAAGCUCCCCUUGUGAAGAAGCGGCAAAUGAUGCACCACGCCUUUGGAGAUUACCGUCUCAAAAUGGCUGAAGAGAACGACAGGGCAGCAAAAGCUGGUGUGAGGCCUGUGCAGGUAGAAAUUCAGCAAGGAAAUGUUCUUCCUUUGGGCAGUGUGGUGUACAGGAAGCAAUCCAACUGUCCGUCUGCAGUGUCAACUUCCUUAUUUGCAUCCUCCGAUAAUAGCUUUCAGUUUAACUUUGAUCUACCUGAAAGAACCGCAGAAGAAACUGAUAGAACCACAGCAGAAGAACAUGAGUUGGGGGACUCUAGAGAACAGUUUACUGGUAACGGUCCCUCUAGGAUACUGGACUUCUCCACUGGAACAGGGCAGCCUGGCUUUGCUUUCAACUUCAUCAUCCCAGAUGCUUCUUCAACUUCAGCUGAGGCCACAGAUCCUGGCUCUGGAGCUUCAACAGAAGCAGCUCCAGAGAUGGACAUCCCAUCCAAGGAAGCUAUGGUGACAACAGAGAAACCAGCUUCUUCACAACCCGAUAGAGCUGAUGGGAUGGACUGUGGAAGCAGACGCAGUGAAGAACAUCCUAAAGAAGAGGUACCAAGGUUGGAAGGCACCCAAGUAGCUUCAGCAGAGGUUGCAGAAAAGAAAUUGAUGGUGGCAGCUGGUGGACCAUCCAAGAGAAAGAAGAAGAAGCCCACACCGUCAAAAGUAGCCCAGGUUGACAAAGGACAUGGAGACAACAAGCUUGGUGGGCAAGGAGCGUCUGAUCAAGCUGAGAUGUUACAGCCAGAUGAUCAAUUGAAGAGAGAGAUAGACUGGUGUGUGGAACAGCUGGAACUCGGCCUGAAGACUCAGAAAUCCACCCCAAAACAGACGGAGGAAGCUCUCCGCGCCAUCAAGACACUGCGCAGCAAGAAAGCCGUGCUGGCGAAGAAGCUCCAAGUGAUGAGGCUGAUGCUGGGCGACUACAGAGCGAAAAUGGCCGAGGAAAGGCAGAAGCAGUUGAAGCUCUUGCAAGCAGCUUCAAAAGCAGCUCACAUCGCAGAAGUGAACGAAGAGACUCGGAAGAAGAGAAGCCAGGUGUUCAGGAAGUCCGCAGAAGGGGUCAGAACCUUCCAGAACCUCCAAGAACCUUCUUGCCAUCAACCCCCAGCUUGUCUCAGAUCAACAGACCCUUCCGCUUUUACAUUCAGGCCAUCGCAGGAGGAAUUCUGCUUCAACUUUUUCUAAGCAACCCUAUGAAUUUUAUGAAUUCCGUGGUAAAUUUUAUGCAGCACAGGCAUACCUGAUUUGACGUAUUUUUCUAUGCAAACGGUUUACUAACGGGUGCAAGUGAUUGAGAGUUAAGAGUCGCCUGACAGUGAGAUGGGUGGCUUAUAAAUUUUAUAAGUAAGUAAAUAAAUGAACAAGAUAAUAGCA